AUGGCGGACGCAACCAAGAACCUCACCGACACCGCCAACAAUGCCACCGGCGGCCGCGACGGCGGACCUGGUGACACCCUUGGCAAACUAGGCAGCGCCACCAGCGCUGUAGCACCGAAGAACAAGAACAAGAAGAAGAAGGGUGGCAAUGGCGACAACGAAGGGGACGACGAAGAGACCACCGAGGGUUUCGGUCUCGACAAUGGAUCUGAUGUGAAGGGUAGCUUGAAGGUGCACAUCAAGUUAGACCUAGAAGCGGAUAUCAAGGUCUACGCGAGGAUUAGGGGAGAUAUCGCGAUUGGUAUCUUGUAA